AUGCAUAAUCUAAAGACUAUAAUAUCAAUGUCCGUGAACGACUUUAGAAAUCAAAUCCUAUCAGGUUCCGAAGAACAAAUAGUCGAAGUCAAUCAAAGAGAUUUGAUUGAUAAAAUUUUGGCUAGGUAUUCUUCCAAACAUGUAAUAUAUCGGGAGUUAUUGCAAAAUUCUGAUGAUGCGGAAUCAAAAAGUAUCCAAAUUAAGUUUGAAACUGAACCGAAUACGGAUAAAGUUACUCGAAUUCUGUUCAAAAAUGAUGGAUUCCAUUUUAGACCCGAGGAUUGGGAAAGGUUAAAAAAAAUUGCCGAAGGAAAUCCAGAUGAGAAAAAAAUAGGGGCUUUUGGCGUAGGCUUCUACUCUUUGUUUCAAGUUUGUGAAAACCCAUUUGUUUCAUCCGGUGGACAAGGAAUGGCUUUCUACUGGCGUGGAAACAAAUUAUAUACAAAGCGGGGAGAACAGGAAUCGACUGAUAAUUGGACAACGUUUUUAUUUGACAUGAGAGAACCUAUGAAGUUGGAGGACGUUGAAGAAUUCGCACAGUUCUUGGUCAAUUCGCUGGGAUUUACGGAAAAUCUUCAGGAAAUAUCUGUGUACUUUAAUGACGAAUUAGUAAUACAACUAUCAAAAGAAAUACAAGAGCCGGAAAUUAUGGAGAUCACUCCUGAGUUUAAUAGGCUUUCUCCACAAGGAUUGUUCUACCUUACUUCGGUAGAUGUUAGAGACGUUAAACUAAGCUUUAAGAAAUUACUUGUUCCGGAAGAUAUUUGUACAGGAAAAUUUUAUCCGAAGUACCCAACACCUAUAUCUCUUAAAAUUGCAAGUGGAAAUUUGGAUGUUAGAGCCGAAGAUGAGUUUUCUACGAAGAUGAAACGGAUUACAAAAAAAGAACUACCACGUGAAACAACCAUUCAAAUGAUUUAUACUGGAUUUGAAGAGCAUGGAAAUUAUGUUUCUCCGAUCUUCAAGGACUUGCUUCCAUAUCCGGAACAAGGAAGGAUAUAUAUUGGUUUCCCUACUCAUCAAACUACAGGAUGUUGUUCUCACUUAUCAGCUCGUGUAAUUCCUACUGUGGAGCGAGAAUCGAUAGAUUUAGUGGAUAUGACUUUAGCUAAAUAUAAUAGCGAGAUUCUAUGUUUAGCAGGAACAUUGUGUAGAAUCUUGUAUGAAGAUGAAAUGAAUAAAAUAAAUAGGAGUAUUGAUACUCAAGGUUUUGAAUGGUUUGAAGAACGGGCAGCACGUGCUUUAACACACUUUACCUUUAGUACAACUACACCAAAUGAGCAAGUUGGGAAAAUAACAGAGUCCCGAUUUUUCAAUUGUUCAGAAGAAAAAUUGCCAAUUCUUUCAACAACCGGCAUCCUUCCGAUAUCUGAUGUUCGUAUUCCUAACCCAGAAAUGGCAGAGUUCAUAAGGACCGUUCCACUUGUUCCAAUGUUUAUAUUUGAACAAUGUAAAGCAUUUUUUAAGAAAGCAAGUUCGAUGAAUCUUAUAAGAGAAUUGAAUUUUCACGAUGUUUUAACUGAAUUGGGGAGUCGAGAAUUUUCCGAAAACGAAAUGAUUGAACUUUUGAAAUGGAUGAUUUCCUAUUUGUCAAAAGGGAAUACUGUUGAUACAUCAGAAUUUGAACGGUUUAUGGAACUUGCACAUAUUGGUAAUAAUUUUCUACCUUUGAAAACAAUCCGUUGUUUUUUGAAUCCAGGAAUAAUUCCGCCCAAUGUAGAUGUUCCAGAUUAUGUAUUGCCACAUGCUAUUUAUAGAAAUUUAAAUCGCCAAGAUCUUAUAAAAUGGUUUAGAUGGUCAGAGUUAUCUUUAGUUAAUUGGACAAGGUUUAUUGUCAACAAACCUGAUUUGGAAACGGACCCUACAUUUGCUGAAAAGAUUCAUGAAAUUUUAGCAAGGAAUUUUAAUAAAAUUUCGAAAAAUGACAAGAGAGUACUUCGCCAGUUAUUUGAGCGAAAGAGAUGCAUUCCAACUAAAUUGGGAAUGAAAAUUCCCAGUGAGGCUUACUUUGAAAAUGUGAAUCUAUUUCCUGACUUACCAAAGAUCGAUUUUCAAAGACCUUUAAGUGUUAAGAAUUUAAUGGAGUUUCUUGGUGUUCGUAAGGUUGUUGAAAUAAACCUCAUUAUUGAUCGUCUUACUAAUCAUGAAGAUUGCGAUUAUAUGCAACUUAUAAAAUAUCUUACUUUAAAGUCAAAUGAUCUCAAACAAAAUGACAAAAAUAUGUUAAUGAACGGAAGAAUCUGGCCAGGUUCGCAACAAACUCAACGUUUCGUUAUUAGUGAUCUACAUAUACCUUUAGACCUUCAUCGCGAUCUUGGUUUACCGGUAAUUGAUUGGAAAGUAAGAUGGACUCGUAACACACCAGAAGAGAAAUUUUUAAUUGACUUGGGUAUACAACAAUUUCCUACACUUACAAAAAUUCUGGAACUGGCAGCAUCUCCAUCUGAUUCUGAAAUUCGCUACAAAGCUCUCAGAUAUUUUAUUAAUCAUUUUGAUAGAACAUAUUCUAGAAUUUAUCAUCCAGCUGAAGUAAACGUUGAAUUUUUGCCUUGUCUACAUGAUAAUUAUGCAAAACCCUUAGAGUGCUUUAUUAAUCCUGAAUGCACGGUAAUGGGUUUCAAAGUUAUUAAUGGAGAGUUGCAGUAUCAAGUGGGAAAAUUAGGUGUCCGCCAACAUCCUUAUCGUGAAGAGCUUUUAAACGAGUUAUUGCAGAAUCCUCCACGAGAUGUGGUUAAUGCGGAAAAAAUUUUUGAAUAUUUGGCGACACGACAAACAGAUUUUAAUCGUUCUGAUUUGAAUAGACUUGCUAAUUUUGAUUUUAUUCCAAUUCGAAAUCAAUCUGAUGGAAUUUUCCUUACCAGACCAUGUAAAUGUUUUUUUAAAGUUCAAGACGAAUUGAAAGUUUUCUUUUUACAAAUUGAUUUUGGAGAUAAGGCCAACAGAUUUCUGCAAAGUUGUGGUGUCAAGGAUGAACCAUCUUCAAUAGAGUAUGCUGAAUUAUUGAUAAAUUCAUCGCGUAGAUUGUGGCAAUUAAUUGGUGUAGAAAAAUAUUUAAAUAUUUUGAGGAAAAUCGCUAAUGACUUUAAUAGUUUUGGAAAUAUGACUAGUAAAUUAGGUUUGGUUUCAGGAAUGAGAAAAGAACCAAUUUUAGUUGCUAUAACGAAAGAAAAUAGAGAAAUCAAUUCUGAAAUGAAAGAAACCAAUAAUUCUCGCUUAGGUACGGCCAAAAAAAUUUAUAUAAAUGAUGAUAAAAUAUAUCAAGGAAUCUUUAAUCCAUUGACAGCUCCAGAAGAGGAUAACUUAGAAACUUUAUAUAAGAAAUUAGGAUGUAAAUCACUACGUGAUUCUGUAAAAGAAGCUUCAAUUCCAAAAGGCAGUAUCCGAGUAACCGAUAAAUCUCAACAAUUUCAAGAAAUAAUUAUAGAAAGAGCAAGUUUAUUUUAUUUUAAAAAUCCUAAAGAUGAUAUUAAAAGUGAUGAUGAGUGGCUUAAAAAAUUAAAAGUUAGAGAGAUUGAUUAUAUAGAAACAAGCUAUACAUUAGGAAAUAACAAAAAGACUAGGAAUAAUAAUACUAGCGUUCUUCGAGAUGAUAAUAAAAUGGAUUCUUGGACUCUUUAUAUAACGUGUAAUUCGACUUCGCUUGAUAUUUCAAAACACAUAGUUAGGAGUAUUUACAAAUCACAUGAGUGGAAGAAUAUCUUUGCUGUUAACACACUUUUAACUGCGUCUUUACAAGAUUUAAAGGAAAUGGGAUAUCCAGUCGAACGUAUAUUACAACAACACAAUCCAAUAGCUGCUAAAGUAAAUACGAAACAAGAAAACGGAAAACCUAUUUCUAAUGUUGUUAAACCUUCAGUAGAUAAUAUUUCUAUACCCUUUCAAUCUCAAUUAUAUCCAGGGCAAGGAAUAUACCAAAGUGCUAGUACAUCAAACCCUAACAGUUAUACGAAUAAGAAACCAAUUAAUAUUACAAAUAAAGAUCCCGUCACUAUAACAAAUAGAGAAUCGGUUGAUAUAACGAAUAGGGGAUCAGUUACAAUAACGAAUAAGGGACCAGUUACUAUAACUAAUAGGGAAUCAGUUACUGUAGCUAAUAUUGAACUAGUUAAUAUAACAAAUGAGCGUUCAAUUAAUAUAACAAACGAAAAAUCUGUCGACAUAAAAAAUAGAGAACCAGUUCCUAUAACUUCUGAAACUACUCGCACUCUGCAAAAGUUUUUACAAGAUACAAUAAAAACUUUUUAUUCUGAUCCAAAAGGUAUUACUAGUAAUCAAGCCAACACAAAGAACAUCAUAAAAGCUUGUAAUUUCGACAGGGGUAGUAUUAUUAAUCAUCAAGAUAGUAUCAAAAUUGUCCAUGAAAACCAAAUGAAUUAUUGUAACAUUGUAACGAAUUUACAUUGUGUUAAUACCUUCGAAGGAGUCGAACUUCAUAUUCCUGAAGACUCAGUUCAAUUACCUCAGGCGUUCAAUGCUUCAUUAAACCAAUUUAUUGGUAUACUGAUAAAUCUUGCAGCUGUUUUUGAACUCACUCCAAAAGAUAUUCACGUAUUUUAUGAUGAGACUUCAAAUUCAAUUGCAUUCAAUCGUAAUAAUGAAUUAUUUUUCAAUUUAAAGUUUUAUUGUGAAUUACAUGAUGAAGAAUGUAAAAAUAAACCUACAAUUAAUGCUAUGACUUAUUGGUUCAUGAUGAUUUGUCAUGAAUUAUCACAUAAUUUUAUUCAACAUCAUAAUUCUGAACAUGAAUACUACUUUUUAUUAUUUGCGGAAAUUUAUAUGCCAAGUUUCUUAGAAACAUUGAGAAGAUGCGAAAUUUUUUAUUAAAAAUGGUAAUAUGAAAGGUAAAAUAGCGAAAUAACAAUGUAGAACGGAGAUUUAUUAUACUGUGAGUUCGUACAGUAUAUUUGUUAGUUUUUUUUUUUGUUAUUAUUUUUUUUUU